GAGCUGCUGCCAGUUUUGCUCCGGAGGACGGAGCCGCUCCAGGCUCAAUUACAUGCGCAGUCCUGCCGCGAAUCACACAUCACCACGGCAACCGGCGUUCACACCGAGCCCCCGUCAGCAGCAUCAGUGGGGUCCGAGCCCAUCCACAGGAGAGCACCGACAAACCACAAUCUGUCUGAGCAUUUUCAGGCAGCUGAGCAGCCAUGGUGAAGCUGGGCAGCAAUCUGUCUGAUAAGCUGGAGAAGCAGCCCUCUGCGGACGACGGCUUUGAUAACAUCCCCCUCAUUACACCCCUGGAGGUCAGCCAGCUCCAGCAGCCGUUCGCAGACAAGGUCAUUGUGAAGACGUCAACACAAUAUCAGCUGCAGCAAAAGAAGAAUAACAAACUGUAUGUGCCCAGUAUCAAGAAGCUGAAUAUCAACUUCUACAGUGAUGUUUCAGAUAAAGCUAAGAUCACAGGUCUCAUCCUCAUCACUUUGGCCUUUCUGACCAGCCUGCUCCUCCUGCUCAUGUACAAAGCCAUGUGGUAUGACCAACUUACCUGCCCAGAGGGUUUCAUCCUUAAGCAGAAGCACUGCACCCCGGCAGCUCUGGAGAUGUAUUACACAGAGCAGCAGCAGCAGCAGCAAGAGCCAGGCCUCCACAGCAGCACCAACACUGGGCUGUAUGCUGCCCUGAGCCACCUCAACCAGGUCAAGAGGACUGGGCCUGAGCUGCCACCACCCUGGUUACCAGUCAUCAGCGCCCUGAAGGAAGCUGAACUGGCCAAACAAGGCAGUGAGCCACUGAAAGGAGUGCUUGAGGGAGAGGAGUGAAUGGGCUGAUGGAAAUGCAGGUGUUAAGAAGAGAAAGUGAUGAUGGGGAGGUAGCGUAGGUUUGUUUUUUGACUGUGUGUGUGUUCAGGAUUUUCUUUCUCCCUUCCCUCAUACAGUCCAUUAAACCACUUACUGGUGCUUCAAAACCUUAAAGGUGUCUGAAUAUCUACUGAAAAAUUCAAUCAGCAAAGUAAAACAGUUUGCUCAACUUCAAUCCAGUUAUUAUGUUAAUAUUUAAUCCAAACUAACACCCAACUGCAGUGGUGGUGGUGUGUGUGUGUGUGUGUGUGUGUCUGUGUGUGUGUGUGGUGAGUUGUUGAGGUUAGAGGCAGGAAUGUUAUUAAAGUGUUAAAGAAUGUGCCUGAUUUUUACAGUGUUACUGAGUCAAGUAAGUUUAAGCCAUCUGCAUUGUGUAUGUGUGUAUACACUCAUGUAAAUAAUGUACGCUGUAACUGCUCUCAUACAUGUACUGUAUGCGUUUUUGCAUUCAUGUGCACUGUGUGUGUGUGUGUGCAUACAUUUCUGUACUUGUCUGAGAAAGUUGGAGGUGAGAGCAAUGUGAGAACGAAGUAAAGAUAACAAGUUUUUAAUGAGAUAACUGUGUGUUUCUCCUCAUCACUCUGUCUUAUCUCACUGUCUGUUCAUUUAGUUUUAGAGGAGAACAUAUGAAAUCAUCAGUGAAUGUGCUCACAGUUUAACCAUUAAGACAAGUAACCAUAAUUGACCAUUUUAAUUUUGGCUCAAAUUAGUUGAUUCCUCAUCUUAUUAUCUCAAGACUGUAAAUUGCAGUUCUGUGUCCUCGAUUAAAGUCAGAGGAGUGUUUUUAAAGUCAAGUGUUGCACUUAGACUUCACAUUAUUUGAGUUACACAACCACAAGCAUGCUGGCUGUUCUAAAACUGUAAUCUCUGAAAAAUUGGAUUAAAAAAAUCUCUGAAACUGAAAAGUUUUUUCAUUAUGGGUUAUUGUAUGUAGAAUUAAUUGGCAAAAAAAUGAAUUAAAUCUAUUUUGAAUUUAAUCUAUACCACAAUAGUGUGCAGGAAGAAACAGGCCACUGUACAUCUCUUCAUUUGAAUACUAUGUUACAUUAUAAUGUGAGCUACUUACUGUAAUCAUGGAUAAAACUUUUAAAGAGCUUUUAAAUUAUAACUACAAAGAAUCUUAAUUUCAAUAAUACUGUAUGUGAACUGAUUGUAAAAACUGAGUUUUGUUACUAAAUGUUUUUGCCUCAUGUUGCUGUAAGUAUUGUGUAAUGCGCCUGUAAAUGAACAUGUACAGGGUUAACUCAUCAUGAUCAUUAUAUGAAUAUAUGAAGUAGCUGCUCUAUUCAUGCAGUUGAUGAAGUAAGUGCUUAUAAUCUACUACCUAAAAGCUUCUAUUGUCUUCACAUGUUUCUAUUUAUUUAAUUAACAGUAGCAGUUAUUUAACAGUAUUUAUGUGUAUAUUAUUUGUUGUUAUUUAAACGCUAAAGUUGUGUUUGUUAAGUAUGAAGAGUUCUUUUCCAAUUCAUUUCACUUUUUUUCUUUAAAAAUGGAUGUACAAAUAUUGUUUUUCUUAAACUGUCAUUAGAAAAUUACCCACAAUCCUCCAAAUCCUCCCAAUCUUGUAUUUUGUCAAAAUGAUUUGCUAUUACUCAUUUUGAGCUACCUUUUCUCUUUGUCUUUCUCAAAAACAUCACUUGCGGAGAUCUUAUUUUGGAACAAAACUCUUCAUGUGAGUAGGACGAAGGUGAGAUCACAGCACAGCUUGUUCCUUUGGGUCCAAUGUGCCAAACAUUUACAUCAGACACCCAUCUGCUCUGAUGUCGCAGGUCCAACAAAAAUAAAUGACUGAAGUGUUGAGUUCUCUCAUUCACAACUGUUGAUUUGGAUUCAUUGCUUCGAAUGACCUGAACUAAAGUAUUGGCGAUUAACAGA